AUGCGGAAUCCUCAAGUUUCUUCUGUCCACACCCAUCCCACUCCUCCAAGCUCUUUCGGAGACUCUAGUUACGACCAUGAUAGCAGUGAUGAGUCUCAAAUUCUCGUCCAGACUCCACCCAGUUCUCCGCCUGACCUUUCGAGUCCACGUCACCGUGACAAGAAACGCAGCCAUAUGACAACAUACCAUGAACUCUUUGCACUUCCACGCCCUCCUUCCAACAUUAUGAAGCGCCUGCCUAGCUUCGCUCUGCAUGCGCAAAAAAGGUUCAAGCCUUACGAGCAGCCCCAUGGUCUGGUGCCAAACGCAUUAGAGCUCCGUUUUUUUCGAAGGUGUCUCGAAUCUGGCGACAAUGAUAUGAGUGUGGCAGAUGUCGAAGGGGGCAAAUCGAUCCUUGAGGAUUGCCUGAAACGCUUGUCUCAGACGGUCAUCGCUCAAGCUGUUGCCGCGAAGGAAGCUGACUGUGAAGCCAAGCGCAUGGCCGUUCUGGGAACGGCUUGGGCGGUCGAGGCAAAGAACCGAUAUCAGACACUUCUUGAAAUGAUUGUCCAAGAAGAAGUUGAAACAUAUACCAUCGAUGCUAAGGAAGCUGCCUUUCUCCGGAGAUAUUUGGUUGGAAGAAGCAGGGAGGAUCUUGAGGUGGCCAAGGACUUUGAUGUGGGUGCAUACAGCCACAAUUACAGAUCGUUCGCUAUCGCCAACUUAACCCUGGAUCACAUCGGGGAUGUAAAGUCGUGUGUGCCUGAGGAAGAUGCUGAUGGUGUGGCUAUGGAAAAUUUGACAUCUGACAACGGCCCUCAGUCAGAUGCCUAA